AUGCUUUUCCUUCCUUUCCCCUUUCUCCUCGAGGGCUAGGGUUAGGGUUAGGGUCUCUCCAUCCCCUCCCCUUCCUGCCUCGCAGAGAGAAGAUAUCGAGAUCGAGAGAGAUCGAGAGAUGGGUUCGGCGGCGGCCGCCAUCUCGAGCUCUCUGGUGCAGGAGAGCUUCGAGGAGCUGGAGAGGCAGCGGGAGCUGAUCACGAGCUGCACUCUUCUGUGGAAGGAGCUCUCCGACCACUUCUCCUCCAUGGAGCGCGACCUCCAGCUCAGGUCCGAGUCUCUCCGAACCAAGCGCCAGUCCCUCGACCUCUCCACCCAGAGCUCCCUCGCCUCCCUCCACCGCCGCGAGCUCUCCAUCGACGGCGCCGUCGACCUCGCCCUCGCCAAGGUCCAGGAGCGCUGCGACGCAGCUCUCCUCGCGCUCUCCUCCCCCGCUUCCCCCGUCGACAACAACAACGACACCAACGAUCUCCCCGGCAAGCUCAGAUCUUUCUGCACCAGGAUGGACUCCGACGCCGUCUGGGACCUCGUCGUCUCCAAGCGGAAGGAGGUCGAGCUUCUCCGCUCUGAGCUCCCCCUGGCCCUCGCCGACUGCAUCGAUCCCGCCAAAUUCGUCAUGAACGCCAUCUCCAAGGUCUUCCCCGUCGAUCGCCGGCCACCGGCGGCGGCGGCGAAGUCCCCCAACGAUCUCGGCUGGGCCUGCGUGCUGAUCCUGGAAUCCCUGGUCCCCGUCCUGGCGGAUCCCGAGCUGGGGACGGCCCGCCCGCUGGUGACGCGCAGCGUGAGGGAACGGGCGAGGGAGAUGGCCAACGCGUGGAAGGAGGGUUUGGAGCAGCGCGGGGGGAUCGAGAGCGCCAAGCCGCCGGACGCGCAUACGUUCCUCCAGCACGUGGUGACCUUCGGGAUCGUGGAGAAGGAGGACAGGGAGUUCUACCGGAGGCUCGUGGCCAGUUUCGCAUGGCGGAGGCAGAUGCCCAAGCUCGCACUCUCCUUGGGUCUUGAGGAUAGUAUGGCUGAUAUAAUUGUGGAACUAAUUAGUAAGGGUCAGCAGCUUGAUGCAAUAAAUUUUUCCUAUGAGGCUGGUCUUCAGGACAAGUUCCCUCCUGUACCAUUACUGAAAUCCUUUCUGAAAGAUUCCAAGAAGGCUACAUCUUCAUGUUCAGAGGACCGCAACAACUCUGGCCAAGCUGUGAACAAUGGCAGCCGCAAGGAACAGUCAGCUCUUCGGUCGGUUAUGAAAUGCAUCGAGGACCACAAACUUGAAGCUGAGUUCCCCUUGGAAGGUCUCCAGAAACGACUCGAAAAUUUAGAGAAGGCUAAGGUGGAGAAGAAAAGGCCAUCUGGAGGUGGUCCUGCCAACAAGCGCACACGAGCCAACAAUGGGGGACCAAUGCCUCCAGCCAAGGCUGGUCGUCUAACAAACAAUGCUUAUGUGUCUUCUUUUCCUGCUACGACGACAUUUGUGCGAUCACCAUCAGCCCAUGCUGCAUAUCCGGCUGCUGCCCCUCCCUAUCCUUAUGAUAGGCCAGCAGGACAUGGGGUCUAUGGCAGCCGAAGCCCGCCAGCUAUUAGGGACCCAUACGCAUAUCCAACUGAGGAAGUAGCCGCUGCUGCUCUUGGUGCCUCUUACCCAUCAGCUCCGAUGAGUUAUCCUGCCUAUUGUGGUUACAACAAUGGUUUGGCAGGUUACAGCAAUGGAUUAACGCCGGGGUAUCAGCAGGCUUAUUAUCGGUAGGAAUGGUGGCGGCAAGGCUUUGAUUAGUAUCUGGUCAAUGAUAAUCACUAAUUGUCUUGCUUGAUGGCCUAUUUUGUAGUGACUAACUACAAAGGUAGGGCUGUAUGUGCUUAUUAGAUGGCUUGGUCUUUAGUUCUUGUUUAGGUCUCUUGUAUCCUGUAUUGCCUUAAUGCAUGUAAAUGUUUAUGGAUGACAAUCAGAGAUGUUUAAAUCCUUAAUGACUGAACACUGGAUGUAUUAAGUUGUUAGAACUAUUGCAGGACUGGCUCUGGUAUCAUAUAAUCAAAUUUCAGUUUCAUCUAUAAA